CCGCCGCCGUAGCCGAGGCCGUAGUUGAGGAUGCCAGGGUCGCCGUCGCCGCCAUCUUCCCGGCAGCCGCGUCGCUUCCCCUGCGGAGCAGCGAAGGCGCUGGCUCCCAAUCUAAGACCGGAAGCAACGGGGACACACUUCUGUCGUUUCUUAUCCGACUGACCUUCCCUCCCCCAACGGUCUUCCACACUGCGGGGCGCUAGAGUGGGGAACGACUGGAAUGCAGCUAGAGAGGGAGGCUUUGUGGUUGCCAGGAAGCAGCUGGCAGUUGACUUCCGCUUCCGGCAACUGAAGCACGAGGAUCUCGUUUCCUGCCGAGCGAAAAAAAUGCGGCCUCUGACUGAAGAGGAGACCCGUGUAAUGUUCGAGAAGAUUGCAAAAUACAUCGGGGACAACCUUCAGCUGCUCGUCGAUAGGCCCGACGGCACGUACUGUUUCAGGCUGCACAACGACCGGGUGUAUUACGUGAGUGAGAAGAUCCUGAAGUUGGCCGCUAACAUUUCCGGUGAGAAGCUGUUAUCGUUGGGAACCUGCUUCGGGAAAUUCACUAAGACCCACAAGUUCCGUUUGCACAUCACAGCUCUGGAUUAUCUUGCGCCCUAUGCCAAGUAUAAAGUCUGGGUAAAGCCUGGAGCAGAGCAGUCUUUCCUGUAUGGGAACCACGUGUUGAAAUCUGGUCUGGGUCGAAUUACUGAAAAUACUUCUCAGUACCAGGGAGUGGUGGUGUACUCCAUGGCAGACAUCCCUUUGGGUUUUGGGGUGGCAGCAAAGUCUACACAAGACUGCAGGAAAGUAGAUCCCAUGGCGAUUGUGGUAUUUCAUCAAGCAGACAUUGGGGAAUAUGUGCGACAUGAAGAAACGUUGACUUAAAAUGGAGUCAUCACAAGGACUUAUGGCUAUAUGGAAAGGCCUAGAUUUGUUUCCUGUGUCUGUGUAGGUUCAACCAUGAGUUUUUUCCACUUUUCAGGGACUUCUUAGUUUCAUGUUUUCUCUAUCACUGACGAAUGCGGGCUGGAUUCUUACUAUACAGAAAUAGCCAAAAGUGGAGUUUGUGUUUAUGACUAAGUAGAAUGCCGUGUUUCAUAUUUGAAUCAGAGGGCUUCUUGUUCUGAGUAACAUGUUCUAAAUCUUUGGAACUUAGGAUGAGAAUAGCUUACUAUUGUUAUCUGUGAUAACACCUUGCUUUCCAAACUUAUGAUUACAUGAUGGGUUUUCUUUGUUUUUUUUUUUAAUAUUGUAAAAAAAAAAGGAUAUUGCUGUUUGUGAACACUAGGCCAUAUCUGGGGUUUUACAGAUGAGAUUUAGCUAAAAUUCAAGAGCAGUUCUGCUCUUUUUUAAAAUGGUAAGUGCUUUGUGAUGCAGGGGGGGGAAAAAAAACCCUGGAUUCAAGCCUCAGUUCUGCCAUUUACCAGUUUUAUGGCCUGAGAUAAAAUGGGAUGAAUCAUUCAGAUUUUUAAGCUCAUUUUCUACUUCUGUGCAAAAACAGCCUUUAUUGUUUACCUAAGAAUGGUUUUUAGAGUUAGAGUUCCAUGAUUGUAAAGCAUUUAGCACAGUAUCGUGAUGAAUGAUGAUUGUUCAAUAAAUGUUAAGAAUUAUUUUUAUAUUGCACAUUCUUGGGUAUUUCUGUUCAUAAGAGUAGGGUCUUAUCAGUACAAUUGGUUAUGUUAUCUUGGUUUUUAUGAGCUGCUUUCUUGAUCUUUUUCUUGUAUGAUCCCAAGUGGAAAUGUUUUUUUCAUCAUCUUGAUUUCAUAAAACAUAAUUUCUCUUAUGAACUUUUACUUCUCUGGCCAGAUUGGACAAAAAGUGCUAGUCAGAAAUCCUGAAAUAAUUAUUCAGCUCCUUUUUCCUUUCCCAUGCCUCAUUUUAAAAAUAAGUUUUAGAUUAAAAUGUAUUUUUAAAAGAAGCAUUUUAUAUACCCAAAUACCAAAAAUUACCUGUAUUGUAAAACAGAACAAUUUAUUUGAUAAAUAUGCUGGUUAUUUUUCAUUGCAAAGAAAACGCCUCUAAAAACCUUUUUCAAGUACAAAAUGGCACUCUACCAACUUCUAUUUUUAUGUGCAAGCUCUAACUAGAUUUUGUCCCAUCUUUGAUUUUGUCCCAUCUUUUUUAACUCUUCUCUUUCCUAAGGUUAACCUUCAAAUAAUGCUAAACGGUGAUCAGCAUUUUGAUGAUAGCAUUUAGUGCAUACUUUAGAAAUAGCCAAACUCAAAACUUGUGCAUUGUCUUUAUUGCCAUUGUGCCUUUGUAGGUGAGGGCAAUAGACUAAAACUCGAAUAUGAGAAAUUAAUUUUCCAGUAAUUUGUAAAGCUAAUUUGUUUGUUUCUGCUCCAAAAAAGAGGCAGGGUUUUGUAAUCCUCCUAGCUUAACAUGUUGGCUUCCUUUUAUCUGUAAUUGUUGGAGCAUUGAAGAGACGCUUCAAGAAAUAUAGCUGCAGGAUCCCAGAAAGAACAAUGACAAAGCUCUGGGCUGUUGACCACCAGUUUACAUAAUUAUAGUUUGAUUGGAGAAGAAAAAAAUCAGCCAUUUUCCUCAUCCGGGCAAAGUUGUAGUACCGCCACAUGUGGAAGAUAUUGUUCUGUACCUUUCGUGUACUCUCCUGUGAGAGAGAAAUGAAAUAAAGAAAAGGAGUGCCCUCCCCCCUUUCCCAACAUCACCUGGGUACUCUAAAAGACUAACUGAAAGUAUCUAUAAGUUGAUGGUUAAUAGUUUUGCUGAAUAAGAAAAAAUGGUUAGGACUUUAAUUUUUUUUUUUAAUGCUUUUUAUAAUGAAAAAUUACAGUGCUCAAACUAGAGAGCUCUUCCAGAGGAUUGCUAGAUGUAGACAUGUGCUCAGCACAUCAUUGCCUUACAAGUGCCCCUUUAUAUGCUCUAAGAUGGGCUGGCAAAAUUUUAAUGAGUAUUUUAGGCUUUACACAUCAUACAAUUUCUUGCAACUACUCAGCUCUGCCGUUGUAGUGCAAAAGCAGCCAUAGACAGUAUGCAAGGGAAUCAGCUUUGCUGUAUUCCAGUGAAACUUGAUUUUAAAAAAGGCAGUGGACUUCUGUGCAUCAAAGGACAAUAUCAAGAAAGUGAAUAGACAAUCCACAGAAUAAGAGAAAAUACAUGUAAAUUAUAUCUAAUAAACGUCUAGUAUCCAAAAACAAUGGAAAGAAUUCUUAAAACUGAACAAUAAAAGACAACUUGACUUUUAAAUAUGUACAGGAUUUGAAAAGACAUUCUCCAAAGGUUUACAAAUGGCCUGUAAGGACAUGAAAAGAUGCUCAACAUCAUUAUCAUUAAUGAAAUGCAACUCAAAGCCACAAUGAGAUACUACUUCAUACCCACUAGAAUGGCUAUAGUCGAAAAGAUAAAAUGUUGAAAAGAUGUGGAGAUACUGGAAUUCUCAUACAUUGCUGGUGGGAAUGUAAAAUGAUCCAGUUGCUUUGGAGAGCAGUCUGGCAGUUCCUCACAAGGUUGAACAUAUCUACCAUAUUAUACAUGACCCAACAAUUUCACUCCUAGGUAUAUAUGCAAGAGUAAUAAACACAUGUUCACGCAAAGAUUUGUGUUCAUAGCAGCAUUAUUCAUAAUAGCUAAAAGGUGAAAACCACCCACAUCUCUGUUAACUGAUAAAUGAAAGAACAAAACGUGCUAUAUCCAUGCAAUGGAACAUUGUUCGGCUAUAAAAAAGGAGUAAAGUACUGAUCCAUGCUAUAAUGUGGAUGAACCUUGAAAACAUACUAACUGAAAGAAGCCAGACACAAAGGGCCACAUUUUUUACAAUUCCAUUUAUAUGAAAUGUCCAGAAUGGGUAGAUUUAUAGAGACAGUUGCCAGAGCUAGGGGGAGAGGGGGAAUGGGGAGUGAAUGCUAAUGGAUAUUGGGUUUCUUUGUGGGUUGAUGAAAAUGUUUUAGAAUCAGUGGUGAUGAUUGUAUAACCUUGUAAAUAUACUAAACACCAGUGAAUUGUACUUGAAAACUGAAUUUUAUGGUAUGUGUGUCAUAUUGCAAAAAAAAAAAAAGGGGGGGGCCAGAUUUGGAUUUCAAGAGUCCCAAGCCAUAAAAGUUAUUAAAGGAUUCAAAUCCCCUUGCCUGUUUUCACUAACAUAAUAUUACUCCCAUAAUUUUAAUCUUUCCUCCAAUUUAAAAAUCUGCUUCCAUGGAUGUUUCCCACAAAAUCCUUAAUUACCGUAAUUGAAUCCAGAGUAUCGUUUAGUUGUUUUCUUUCACUUCUCUGUUUGUGGUCCAUCUCAGGCCCCUCAUAGAAGACUCCAAAGUUGAGGUACACUUGCACAGAACCAAAGUGAUUUUGUUGGUUUUUUAGACAAAGCUGAUAAAAACCUGCAGGAGUCCAUAGAUCAUUACCAAGUCUUUGGUCUCCCACUCGUUAAGUUUCCCCUAAAGAUAUCUUUUCUGCCAAUUUUAAUUUGUUACUACAUAAAGUACCUUCUUUUUACUUGGGAAGUUCAAAGAUCCAGAUUUUGACAUGUAAGACAAUGAUUUUAUGUGAUAUUUAUUUUACAAAAUACCAUUUAUAAUAAUAAAUAUUUUGCCAAAUAUUAGUAAAUUUAAUUUUCUACUGGGUGGAAAACAAUGUUUUCUCCCUCUGGAAACCUAUAAUUACCACAUCUCAUUAAGGAACUCCUCACUGGAAGACUUCAAGCUGAAAUUAAGAGUAUGGUGUUUGUGUGCUCCUUGUACACCAUUAGAGCUGGGGGAUGCCAUCUUGAAAUUAGGAGAAAAGUUGACCCAUUAUGAAGGAAAACUAUCCUGCUGGAAGUGAACUAUGCAGUGUGGUCUGUGUGGCAUGCUAGUACGGGUUGUUAACUGGAGUUGCCUGUGUGUGUGUAAAGAAGGUUAUAGAAAUGUGUGCACAGAUUUUGAUUGUUAGAUUGAUUGGAAAGCACUGCUGGCAUGUAGGGGCCAAAGGGCCAAGGAUACUAAAUAUCCUGUAAUGCUGAAUAUCUUGUGCCAUGCAGUAAAGGGUUGUCUGUCAA